AUGUACAACAAAGAAAACAUUGGUGCGAUUUUUAGGUAUGGCAUGAUAGUUCCAUUAUUGAUUUUUUUUUCCAAUUUGAUGGCUCCUUCCCCACAAGGUAAAGAUAACCUUGUUUGUAAUAUUGAAACAACGCCAUUGACCAUGACCGACUACUCCCACCUAUUACCUGUCUCUGCACGUUGGAAACAACAAAUUACAGAUUUUUUGAGUGAAGACAUCCCUAGUUUUGACUACGGAGGGUUUGUUGUUGGGAAUGCACAGAAGACUGCGUCAUUGUAUAUGAAAUCGCCAGGUGUCAUCUGCGGUAUCCCAUUUUUACAGGAAGUUUACGACCAAUGCCAUGUCACUGUUGAGUGGCAGUGUAAAGAGGGUGAAUAUAGAGAUCCCUCUGCGGAGUCAAGCAAUGGGAAGAUUAUUGUUGCAAAGUUGAGCGGUGAAUCAAAGAACCUGUUACAAGCUGAGAGAGUUGCACUCAAUUUAAUGUCACGAUUAUCCGGAAUUGCCAGUGAGAGUAGGGAAAUUACUGAGUUGGCCAAGGAUUCUGGAUAUGGCGGGAUAAUUGCAGGUACGAGAAAGACAACACCUGGCUUACGGAUCAUGGAGAAAUAUGCCAUGCUAGUUGGUGGAGCAGACAUGCACCGUUUUGACUUAUCGAGCAUGAUCAUGCUAAAGGACAACCAUAUUUGGUCUACUGGCUCGAUCACCAACGCCAUUAAAAAUGCGAAAAGAGUAGGUGGUUUUGCCAUUAAGGUUGAAAUUGAAGUCCAAUCGUUGGAAGAAGCUAUUGAGGCGAUUGAAGCUGGUGGUGAUAUAAUCAUGUUGGAUAACUUCCAGGGGGAGGAGUUGACCAAAGUUGCCAAGCAAUUGAAGGAUAUGUUUACGGGUAAGAGGCAUUUUUUACUUGAGUGCAGUGGUGGGCUAACUAAGAUGAACAUCAAGGAAUAUCUAUGUAACGAAAUCGACAUUUAUUCAACGAGUUCCAUCCAUCAAGGUACGCCGGCAGUUGACUUUAGUAUGAAGAUAGAUAAAUAG